AUGGUGGCUGGCGAAGAUGGACUGAGACACAAUUCCUGGGCGCCGCCGCCUCCCCCCGGCGGCCCCAUGCCCCGGCAGCUGCCUCCGCCGCCCCCCCCCUGUCUCCCGCCGUCUUCAGAGUCCGUUUCUGGCUUUCCAGUCCUUUCCCCUCAGUCGUUUUCUGCUCCCUUCGGCGCGUCCUCUCUCGGCUUUAGAGUACAGCCGAGGCUGUACGAGGGAGGCACUGGACCGUCGAGCCUCUCGCCAGCUCUAAACCGCGAGAACGCUUCUUCUCGUCUCUACCCCGCGCCGUCGGGGGGUUGCUCCAUGUGUGAACCUCACGGCGCAGGGCUUUCGUGUGCCGCGCCGGCCUCAGCGAACGGCGUUUUGCCUUUGCCAUCAAGCGUCUCGGCUGUCGGCCGCCCGCAUGCAGCGGCUGCAUGCGGCGAGUCCGUGCAGAUCCGAACGGCAUCGUCGGACAGCCUGCGCGGGCUCCCCGAGCGACCAGCGUCUAGACGUUGCCGGUGGGACCAGCGACCCAAGCAACCUUCAGGAUGCGCCAGAGAGAUGCUUGACCAGGAGAGGACAGCGCUGGAGGCCUCGCCGGUUCAGCCCUCGUCCCCACCCCCGCCGCUGCCCAGCGCUGCUUCGUCGAGAGGGGGAGGUCGAGACGGCGAAGGCAGGCACGGAAGAAAGAGCGAGGAAGGCGGCAACAGGCGCGAGAGGCGCCUCGGGGAGGGCGAGGACCGGUUAGCGAGGCCAAGAAGAGAAGGCGACGCGGAUGCGGGUGAAGGCGGGGAGAAUCCGCAUUGGCGAACCGGUCGCGUUCGCCUUCGCGUUUUUCCGAAAUGCACAGACCUUCUCGUCAGGGGGAAAGCUGUGCAGAGCGUCGAUCGCUGCCCCGAGGUUCCAGGCGAUUCGGAGACAGAUCGCCGGCCUGGACAAGCGAAGGGCCCGCGGGUCGUUGCCACGAUCGGGAGGCGCAUGCACAUCCGUCAAGGCCUCCGCCGGGGGCGUCUGCCUUUUCUCGGGGAAGGCGUGGGGAGGGGCGCUCAGUGUCGCCUCGCCGCGGGGACAGGGACGCGCCGCAACCCCACAGACGAGGCGCCAGGGAAGAAAGUGACGGGGAGACGGGCGAGCGCAGCACACAGGCCUGGCGGCCGAGAGGCGACUGCCUCAGCCACUCUCCAGGGAAGAGCGGUCGCUCGCGAGCCUCUCAUCUGA